AUGGCUGAACCGUCUAAUCCGCUCGAAGGAAGGGUUGUCAUCUGUCCGUACAACCUUAACCAUCGCGUUGAACCAGAGCUAUUUCAUGAUCAUCUUCGUGAAUGUCGACUGAGAUACUGCCGACAGAAUGGGCCAAAUCUGCGACUAAUAAGAUGUAAGGUGAACUCUCGUCAUUUCCUGCCCGAAGUAGAAAUCCCUUUCCACGAGAAACAAUGCGAGGACGAAAUUUAUCGCCAAAUUAUUGAAGACUUGAAAAGGGAGCCGGUUCCAGUCAAAGUGCCAAGUUCGGAUUCCAGUGAUAACGAAGAGGGACGCGGUAAUGACUCUGAUUCUUCUGUCAGUUCUGGUGAUACGGACUACUCGACGUCUAAGGAUGAACUAUUACGCCGUAUACUAGAAGGUCCUGACCCAAACGAAAGUGACGAGGAGGAAACCGAGGCCGAUUAG